ACCCGUUAUCCUGAUUCCCAAACAGACCCCUAAAGUCUGACGCCAAUUCUGAAACCCUAAUUCGACAGCCUCAUCGCUUAUAUAUACUGGAGAAAUGCACCAGUACGUUAAGCUCGGCCGCUAAGCAAAGCCUAUUCUCUAAAGUAAGAGAAAAUGGCGGUGCCGUUGCUUACGAAGAAGAUCGUGAAGAAGCGGGUCAAGAAGUUUAAGAGGCCGCAGAGCGACCGCAAGAUCUCUGUCAAGACAAACUGGCGCAGGCCAAAGGGUAUUGAUUCUCGUGUGAGAAGAAAGUUUAAAGGAUGCACGCUGAUGCCCAAUGUCGGUUAUGGUUCAGACAAGAAGACUCGUCAUUAUCUUCCCAAUGGCUUCAAAAAAUUUGUUGUGCACAAUGUCAAGGAGCUAGAGCUGCUGAUGAUGCACAACAGGACGUAUUGUGCUGAGAUUGCACACAAUGUCUCCACAAGGAAGAGGAAAGAAAUUGUGGAGAGAGCCGCCCAGCUUGAUGUUGUUGUGACCAACAAGCUUGCUAGGUUGCGCAGCCAGGAAGAUGAAUGAGUUUGAAACCCUUGUGUUUUUGGAGUGAGCCUUGAGAGUCUGUAUUUAGACAUGGUUUUCAUUAUGAGCCUCAAGUGGGUCGAUACUUAUUGCUCAAUCCAUGCUAGCACAUUUGUGUUUCAUACCGACAAGAUUUUUUCCAAUCUAUUCUAUUUUUGUUGC